CGCCGCCCUCUACCCUGACUCUGCGUGCGUGUGUGCGUGCGUCGGAGGUGGUGGCGCGGGCCGGUGCGAGCUCCGCUAAACUGGUUCUGCUGUCGUGGUCGCCGCCGUAGCUGGCCGGCUGCCUGUGACUGCUGAGUGGACCAGGAGCCAGCCGAGCACCUCAGCUCCCGGAGUGGCCGGGCGCGGGGCCUGUCGUGGGGCGCGCGAUCGCGAGCCGGAGGGCGCCGCGGCGGACGAGCGAGCGGGCCGGCGCCCGUGUGGGCAGGAGGCGGGGGCGGCGGGUGAGCCGCGGGCCGGGCCGGCCGGGGGAUGUCGAUGCCUGACGCGAUGCCGCUGCCCGGUGUCGGGGAGGAGCGGAAGCAGGCCAAGGAGAUCGAGGACGGCGAGAAGUACUCCUUCAUGGCCACGGUCACCAAGGCUCCUAAGAAGCAAAUCCAGUUUGCUGAUGACAUGCAAGAGUUCACCAAAUUCCCCACCAAAACUGGCCGAAGAUCAUUGUCUCGUUCCAUCUCUCAGUCCUCCACUGACAGCUACAGUUCAGCUGCAUCCUAUACAGAUAGCUCUGAUGAUGAGGUUUCCCCUCGAGAGAAACAGCAAACUAACUCCAAGGGCAGCAGCAAUUUUUGUGUGAAGAACAUCAAGCAAGCAGAAUUUGGCCGCCGAGAGAUUGAGAUUGCUGAGCAAGACAUGUCUGCUCUGAUUUCACUCAGGAAACGUGCUCAGGGGGAGAAGCCUUUAGCUGGUGCUAAAAUAGUGGGCUGUACACACAUCACAGCCCAGACAGCGGUGUUGAUUGAGACUCUGUGUGCCCUGGGAGCUCAGUGCCGCUGGUCUGCUUGCAACAUAUACUCCACGCAGAAUGAAGUGGCUGCAGCACUGGCUGAGGCUGGAGUUGCAGUGUUUGCUUGGAAAGGCGAGUCAGAAGAUGAUUUCUGGUGGUGUAUUGAUCGUUGUGUGAACAUGGAUGGGUGGCAAGCAAACAUGAUCCUGGAUGAUGGGGGAGACUUAACCCACUGGGUUUAUAAGAAGUAUCCAAACGUGUUUAAGAAGAUCCGAGGCAUUGUGGAAGAGAGCGUGACUGGUGUUCACAGGCUAUAUCAGCUCUCCAAAGCUGGGAAGCUUUGUGUUCCAGCCAUGAACGUCAAUGAUUCUGUUACCAAACAGAAGUUUGAUAACUUGUACUGCUGCCGAGAAUCCAUUUUAGAUGGCUUGAAGAGGACCACAGAUGUCAUGUUUGGUGGGAAACAAGUAGUGGUGUGUGGCUAUGGUGAGGUGGGAAAGGGCUGCUGUGCUGCUCUUAAGGCUCUUGGGGCAAUUGUCUACAUCACAGAAAUCGACCCCAUCUGUGCUCUGCAAGCCUGCAUGGAUGGGUUCAGGGUGGUAAAGCUAAAUGAAGUCAUCAGGCAAGUUGAUGUCGUAAUAACUUGCACAGGAAAUAAGAAUGUGGUGACCCGGGAGCACUUGGACCGAAUGAAGAACAGUUGUAUUGUUUGCAAUAUGGGCCACUCCAACACGGAAAUUGAUGUGACCAGCCUCCGCACUCCAGAGUUGACAUGGGAGCGAGUACGUUCUCAGGUGGACCAUGUCAUCUGGCCAGAUGGCAAACGUGUAGUCCUCCUGGCAGAGGGGCGUUUGCUUAAUCUGAGCUGCUCCACAGUUCCCACCUUUGUUCUCUCCAUCACAGCUACAACACAGGCUUUAGCACUGAUAGAACUCUACAAUGCACCUGAGGGACGAUACAAACAAGAUGUGUACUUACUUCCUAAGAAAAUGGAUGAGUAUGUUGCCAGCUUGCACCUGCCAUCAUUUGAUGCCCACCUGACAGAGCUGACAGAUGACCAAGCAAAAUAUCUGGGACUCAACAAAAAUGGGCCAUUCAAACCCAAUUAUUACAGAUAUUAAUGGACCAUAUUUCCAAGGACCAGUUCACAUGAACCACACAACUCUAAAUGAAAUAUUUUUUAAGAUAACUUUUUAUUUUCUUCUUAUUCCUUUCCUCUUGAUUCAUUUCCCUAUGAUUUUUCUUGUGUUUUUGUUUUGUUUUGCUUUGCUUUCUUAGUCUCGUUGUUCAAGUUCUGUAGACUACACAGGAACUUGCUUCAUGGCUCUUUAGAUAAAACUGAGAUCCAAGGUUCCUCACUCUAAUCACUAAAGAAGGAUUUUAUUCUCCCAGCCCAGAAAGGUGUUGCUUUCCUUACCACUUCUGGGAACUUUAGUCUUAACUGGGUGCCUCAUUAGCACAAAAUGCUAAGGCACCUUAUGUGAAACAAUCUGCAGUGUCUAAAUUGCCUUAAAAGAGCCCAUUUCUUAGCUGCUGAAAUCAGUGCUCUUUUACUUCUGCAGAGGAGCAGGGAUGGUACCUACCAGCCAGGUAGGUUAGAUGUAGGUGGUGCAUGUUAAUUUUCCCCCAGGUGUUUUCCUGUGUAAAGGUGGUAUGUCUGGUUCUGAGAUGUAUAUUAGUGAGUGUUGCUUGUUAGGUCUAGUAGGCCCUCUUGGAUUUAGUAUAGCCCUUCUCCCAUUCCCACCAGAUCUUCUCAUUUUUUCAGGUUUUUUAACCAGAUUACACUCUAUUCAGUUGAGUCUCAUCCCCUGGCAUUUAUUAUAUUUCUGUUGUACAAAAAAAAAAAAUUUUUGAUUUGAAAAAUCUUAGUGUUAACACUAAGGAACUGCUUGUGCAGUUAAUUGUUAACAGUUUCUCUCAAACUCUGAUAAGACCCUCUCUCUAACCCAUAGUUUAUAGCAUCAGUGAACUGGGUCUAUAACAGCAAAUUAUAUCAGCUUUGCCCCAUACAGCUUGUGCUGAAGGCAAAUUUCUUGAGCAAUUACUCAGUAUAAAACACUGAGCACUAUCUUUAGGAUUUAUCCUUUAAGAGAAAAUUUCUGGUCAGCUGUGCUUCUGCAACCUAAAAUAUUUUUUAAAGGGAGGUAGAUAUGGGUGGGAUGAGAAUAAAUUGGGCCAGGGUGAGGGAAAUCUAGUUCCAUAUAGUUUGUCUGAGGCUUUAGACCCUGUAUAACAUGAGUUUUGUAUAAGUGGUACCAUUUUUGAUUGGCACAAAUCACAAAAAGUUUAAGAACUAAGAUCUUAAAAGCUAACUCACACAUAGAGAGUCUUCAGUUUGUCCUGGCUCACACUGAAAGAACCCCCAGAAAGGCACUCUCCAAAAUUAGAUGUAUUCCCAUGCCGUGUACUCCACAUACCAACACUUCUGCAUGGCCUGUGAGCUCUGUGCUCAUGAGCAUUAAGUAUAUAAUUAUACAGGAUUCUACAUCCUCAACUUGUUCUAGCUAGUGAUCCUUCAAAGUUGAGUCAGGCAUUGAUAGUAGGUAUUAGAUGCUUUCAUUUCUUUGUUGCCACUGAUCAGAUAAACAGGCGUUAAAAACAGGAAUACAAGAAAGGAAAGCUUUCACCCUGCACCUUCCUUGCAGGGUCAACAGUCUUGCCAAAACUUUUCCCCUUUCCACUCUUGUAUCUCCCUACAUGGCCCUUUCCCAACCCUUGCCAGGCUUUCUUCUCUGUAAAUGCUAACAGGUCCCCUUUCCCCCAGUACAUUUAACCAGCCAAUCAGAACCACAUCAUUUUAGGUGAGGUAACCUGGCCAACAGUGGUAUCUAUCCUGGUAGCUCUAUCUUUGCUGGAGAGAAGAGGCCCAGGUCCUACUGCCCUCUGGCUACCCCCAUAUCUACUACUAUACCCAUAGGUACAGGCUGUAUCUCUGCCAAGCCAUGUAAACAAAGGACACUGUGGGGAAAUGUCUGGCAUCAGAGGGAGCGUGUAGAGAACAACGUGGAAAGAACAAGUUUAUUUUGUAUUGAAUGAUUUUUAAUGAAUGCAAUAUUAAUCCUUGCAGAUGAGCAAUAAUCAUUAAAGUCAAUUAAAAUGAUAAGACCUUA